UUCAAAGUUGUGACCUUUAGUUCAAUUACAAAUGUUUAUUAUGUUAUUCCCAAAAUAUUAAACUAUAGUUGUAUGCACAAAUGUCACUGCAGUGACAUCAUCUCGUAAUAAACGUUAAUAAAAUGCAAGCCUGGAGUCGUUAAGAUGAUGCUAAAAGAUUUCCUCGGAUUACUUUUUCUCUGCAUAGUUGGAUCCGAACCCAAGGGCGCUCAUUACAGUAUAUUUCUUGAGCACACACCAAAUUGGCAUAGACCGUUCGGACCGUACCCCUCUCAAGUAGGACCUGUUUUGCCGCAAGUACCAAGUUUUGGAAGUUUUAGCAAUUAUUUACCACCUACACAAACUCCACAAACAACAACACCUGAUCCGUCAACACUGGGAUGUGGAACUCCUCCUGCAAGUUGUCUCAAGACUCCAUACCGUUCAUAUGACGGAUCAUGUAACAAUUUAAGAAAUCCAGUUUUGGGUACGCCUCAAACACGUUACGCCAGAUUGUUACCUCCAAAUUAUGGAGACAAAGUAAGCACGCCGACGAUGUCUCAGACUGGAAAACCCUUACCAGGGGCUCGUAUUGUUAGUCUGUUAAUUUAUCCAGAUGUGCAGAUUGAAGAUCCGAAAUUUACAUUAAAUGCUAUGCAAUAUGGGCAAAUUAUAACUCACGAUAUGAGUAUGAUUGCAGGAAGUACUCAAGCGCAACCCCAUCAGACUAGAUGUUGUACUAAUGACGGACAGUUGCUCGAAUUUGCCAACAUUCCAGAGCACUGUUUCCCCAUCCUCUUGCCCAACGAUGACCCCGCUCACUCUCAAACGAACGCUAAAUGCAUGAAUUUUGUAAGAACUAUUACCGACCGUGAUCGUAAUUGCGUCGGGGGCUAUCAGCCUGCGGAACAGCUUACAGCAGUAAAUCACUAUCUCGAUUUAUCAAUAGUCUACGGCAACAAUGAUCAAGUUAAUCAGCAAGUGAGACAGUUCCAGGGAGGAAGACUGAGGGUUGAUUUCAGAGGAGGACAACAGUGGCCACCGAGAAGUAACAAUGCUUCUGGAGUAUGUUCGAUCAGAAGUCCCCAAGAAGCUUGUUAUUUAGCAGGAGACGCUCGAGUAAAUCAAAACCCUCAACUGACCGUUCUUCAGAUAAUCCUCCUUCGAGAACAUAACAGAAUAGCUGACAUUUUAUCAAAACUUAAUCCCCACUGGGACGAUGAACGACUUUUCCAAGAGGCUCGCAGAAUCAGCAUAGCGGAACACCAGUUCAUUUCUUACUACGAAUGGCUGCCUAUUUUCAUAGGUGUGGAAAAUUCUUUCAAAAAUAAAAUAAUUUACAAAACCAAUAGCUUCGUCGAUGAUUAUGAAGAAGAUGUAGAUCCCACUGUUCUGAAUGAACAUGCUACCGCAGCUUUUAGAUAUUUCCACUCUUUAAUUGCGGGCCACUUAGAUUUGGUAAAUGAGCAUCGUAGUAGUUAUGGAAACUUGAGACUAAGUGACUGGUUCAAUCGACCUGCUAUUUUAGAAGAAGGUGAUAAUUUUGAUGAAUUAACUAGAGGUUUAGCUACUCAACCAGAACUGGGGUCAGAUCCUUACCAUGAUAGUGAAAUUACACAAUUUUUGUUUAGGAACGGUCAACCGUUUGGAUCAGAUUUGAAGGCCUUUGAUAUACAAAGAAACAGAGAUCAUGGACUUGCCUCAUACAAUGACUACAGAGCUUACUGCGGACUGCCGAAGGCAUUCAAAUUUGAAGACUUUUUAGAUGUGAUGACCAUGGAUAGCGUACAAAAACUGCAGACAUUAUACGAAAACCCUGACGAUAUCGAUCUAACCGUUGGCGGUUCCUUGGAAGCUCAUGUUCCAGGAACUCUUUCCGGCCCGACUUUUCUUUGUAUUUUAACAGAGCAAUUCUACAGAACACGAGUAGGAGACAGAUUUUGGUUCGAAAAUAAAUUAGAUGGGUUCACUUUAGAACAAUUGAAUGCAAUUCGCCGAACAAGUAUCUCGAGGUUAUUAUGUGAUAAUGGAAAUCACAUCGAGUCCAUGCAACUGAGAGGCUUCGAAAGAAUAUCACACGAUAAUCCUGUGACUCCAUGUGAAGCACUGCCAUUUGUGGAUCUUUCACUUUGGAAGGAGAUUUCAGACACAGGAGUUCCAAUUGAUCGUCCAUAUGAUUAUACCCCAGAUUUAUCUCAUGACUUUUAUUUAAAAAAAUAAUAUAAGAGCACUACAAAGAGGACUACGAAGGAUUUGAGAGUAGUUUUGCAAAAUUUUUGUGGUCAUGAACAGAGUACUGUGAUGGAUGAAAUUCUCUAAACUGUAGUCAAAUUUUAAGCAAAUUGUUUAUUAUGCUUAUUUUUUUUCAUUUUUGUUGUGUGCCCUAUGAUUGUUAAUUUUAUUUAUAAGACUAUUUUUGUUGUGUUGUCAGAGUGUUUUCUUACCCCAAGC